AUGUCUGGUCAAGUGAAGCCUCUCGAGGAGGAGAUCAAGAGGAGAUCCUCCAAACCGGUCCGGUUACUUGCCGGGGUUGAGUGCGGUACCCGGACCGAGUCCGCGCGCUUGACGGACGCGCUCAUCGUCCUGGAAGCUAACCUGCUUUUGCCCAGCUCAGAACCUCACAGAUAUUGGCAUACGCCUACACUUCGUCACGAUAUAAUGACUGCCGCAGCAGAAUCAGCGCAUAGUAACGUGCCGCCUCCUUCAGGGGCGAUCGCGGGAUCACUGCCAUCCGAACUCCUUGAAAUGAUAUUCAUGGUACUUAUCAGGGCAUCUCACACCGUGGCUGGUCGCCCAUGGCACCUCCAUGUCUGCAGUACUCGGUGUUUCUUGCGCUGGGUUCAGAUUACGCAUGUCUGCCGGCACUGGCGCACUACGGCUCUGGCAUACUCAUCGCUUUGGACCCACCCAAUCUUCAAUUUACCCCACUGGGUGGAAGAGAUGAUGAAACGUGCGGGUCCUCAUUCCUCCUUGACGAUAUCAGUGGAUACCAACACCCUCAUCGGCCCCAGUCAAGGCGCUCAUUCGAGAUUACCAUGGCUCAUCGCGAAUCUCACUCGGGUUCGAACCCUCGUGCUUACCGAUACCGGUACCAAUUCCAGCCAGAUCACCGCAGACGCGCUCAAUGAAUGGCGCGGAGACGAGCUCAGCCUCGAGCAGCUCAGUCUUAGGUGUCUUCCCCGCAUCGGGAUUCGACCGCUGUACAACACCCUCCCCACUCAUAUCCUGCGUGCCAGCCUUCGUCUCCGAAGCAUUCAUAUACACGGCUGGUGGAUCAAUUGGCCCGAGCACGGACCCGUGCUGGAGAGCCUUGCACUACUCGAGGAGCUCACCGUCAGCCAUACGCGCAAAGAGCUGCCCCAUAUGGCCAUACGCCUUCCCCGGCUGAAGCGCUUGCAUGUAGCUGAAGGGCUCGAUAUUUGUCUGUCCCUGUGCGCUGCUAUCCAACCGUCCUCGCCAUUGGAGUAUGUGGGGAUCGACUGUUUGUUCUCGCUGGGCAACAUCGAUGGAGCCGGCACUCGCGCGAUGCUCUCCGCGUCACGCGUAGUCCAGGACCACUCCGGCGUGUUUCCGAUGGAAAUGCUCGGAUACUACUCCAUGUUCUGCUUCGGUGCAGAUGAAGCAGGAGCAACUUAUCAAUUCGCUGCAUGGUCAAAAGCCGCAGUUGAACGCUCGUGGCUACUCGAGCUGUUCCGAGAAGGAGUGCUACCUCCCGAAACGACCGCUCAAUGGUACAGGGCCGGAGACCUCACCGUCUCUGGGCUCGUCCACUCUUCCCCUUCCCUCUAUCUUGCGUGUAAGCAAGCAAUAGGUCUCGGAGACGAUCCGGGAGACCUAGCACCUGCCGACUCGGUCAUGUCAAGCCUUGCGGAGACGUUCUCUCUGCGGUCCGCACUGUAUGCACGCAUCUCUGUCGAAUCUACCGACCUCUCGUCAGAGGGCUUGUGCAACCUCCUUGACGCAAUGGAGACUCUUCAUAUGCUCGAAGUACGCGAUGCGUCCCUGUCUGCCUUGGCAGCCGCGUUGAUGCCCCGAGGAGAUGGCCAUAUUCCGGUGAAAUGUUUGGGCGAGUUGGUCUUGCGAGGACCCCAGUUGGGUAACGAAAUCGAUUUGGGCAUGUAUUGUUUCUUGGAGUGUCUGAGUGCGAGGUCUGCUAGCGUCAGUUGCAGUGGGUUGAAGAAGCUUACCGUUCACGCUGGAAAUGACAGCUUGCUGACCCAUAGUCACUGGAACGUCAUUCGCGAGUCGGGUAUCUCUGUGGAACUUUCUUAUUGAGUACCUGAUACAGCAUUUUAUUAUGUCUAGUCUUGAUUUUAUCUGACACGAAGAU